AUGGCGAAUACUCAAGUUCCUGAAGUUCUUUGGGCCCAGCGCUCCUCCAGCACUGAUGCGGCUAAAAACAUCGUCUUUCUCUCCUUUACGGUCCCAGACGUUCCCAAAUCUUCAGCCAAGGUUAAUCUCACUCCCACGACUGUCUCUUUCACCGGGCAUUCUUCGACCAAGAAUAUAGACUUCAAGGUUGAUUUGGAGCUGUAUGGUGAGAUUGAUGUUGAGAACUCAAAAACGCACCAUUCGCCCCGCGGAGUCGAUAUGGUGCUACGCAAGAAAGAGAUGAAAGAAGAGUUCUGGCCACGUUUGCUCAAGGAAAGCAAAAAAGUUCACUUCGUAAAGACUGAUUUCGACAAGUGGGUUGAUGAAGAUGAGCAAGAUGAAGCGCCUGAAGAAGACUUCAGCAUGCCCGGUGGCUUUGGUGGUGACGGCGGACUCGGUGGUAUUGACUUCUCCAAAUUGGGCGGUGGAGAUAUCUCCGGCUUGGCGGCCGAUGCCGCUGGAGAUGCGGAGUCGGAGGAUGAUGAAAUGCCUGAACUGGAAGACGAAAACAAAGACUCUUCCAAACCCAAGAUUGAGGAACUCUCAUAA